CUUUUUACUUGCAAAACCGACCAUCAUCGCGUCCUUCGUCUCCUUGUCUAGUCUCCGUUCGGAGCUCUGCGAGAGCCAGGAAGGACCGCCAUGGAAGCUCUCGUAGCUUCCUCUCUGCCCUCCGUCCGCAUCCGAGAGCCGCAUCCCACGAGCCUUUUCGCCGGACCCAGAUCGCCGAUCCUUCCGCCGAAACGAGUCACGAGCCCCAAGCUCCGCGCGACCAUAUCGUCGCCGGCAUCCGGCGUUACGGCAGAACCGGCGACUCCGAUCGAGCCCGAGACUCGGAGCGAUGCCGCUGGUGAGAAAUUUGACUGGUACUCGCAGUGGUACCCGGUGAUGCCGGUCUGCGACCUCGACAAGAGGAGGCCGCACGCGAAGAAGGUGAUGGGCCUCGACGUGGUGGUGUGGUGGGACAGGAACGAGGAGGCCUGGAAGGUGUUCGACGAUACUUGUCCUCACCGCUUGGCGCCGCUGUCCGAGGGGAGGAUCGAUCAGUGGGGGAGAUUGCAGUGCGUGUACCAUGGGUGGUGCUUCGGUGGAUCCGGGGACUGCAAGUUCAUUCCUCAAGCGCCUCCUGAUGGUCCUCCAGUUCACACAUUUAAGAAAGCAUGUGUGGCCGUUUAUCCUAGUACUGUGCAGCACGAUAUAGUGUGGUUUUGGCCAAAUAGUGAUCCUCAGUACAAAGACAUUAUUAUGAAGAAGAAACCCCCAUACAUUCCAGAACUAGACGAUCCAUCUUAUUCAAAGCUAAUGGGAAAUAGAGAGAUUCCCUAUGGUUACGAGGUGCUGAUUGAAAAUCUUAUGGAUCCUGCUCACGUCCCAUAUGCCCACCAUGGUAUUAUGCGAACUCAACAGCCAAAAAACAGUGUGAAAGCUGAUAGAGAAGGGGGAAGGCCAGUUGAAUUGAGUAUAGGGAAACUCGAUAUUGAUGGUUUCCUAGGAAAGCAGGAGUGGGGAAGUAGCAAAUUCAUGCCACCAUGCAUAUUUUAUGCUUUCUCUGAACGUCCGUCAGAUCCGGGAAAUGGGACCGCUAUGUCAGAUGGAAGCAAAAUGACACAGGAGUCUUCAGCACCAGCGGCGAAACGGAGAAUGGCUUUGAUUUUCAUUUGCAUUCCAGUGAGUCCUGGUAACAGCAGAUUGAUAUGGACCUUCCCGAGAAACUUUGGAGUAUGGAUAGACCAAUUGAUUCCACGAUGGAUAUUUCACGUGGGACAGAACCUGAUUCUGGAUUCAGAUCUAUAUCUUCUUCAUGUUGAGGAGCGAAAGAUAAUGGAGGUGGGCUUUUCCAAUUGGCAAAAGGCCUGUUUCGUGCCAACAAAGUCGGAUGCUCUUGUUGUCGGUUUCAGGAAGUGGUUAAACAAGUAUGCAGGCGGUCAGGUUGAUUGGAGGGGCAAGUUCAGUGGUGCUCUCCCUGCUACUCCUCCAAGAGAACAGCUGAUGGACAGGUACUGGUCUCACGUGGUGAACUGCCGCAGCUGCAACGUUGCAUACAAAGGUCUCAAUGCACUCGAGGUCGCCUUACAGGUGUUGUCUGUAGCUUCUCUGGGAAUUGUCGCUGCGGCCAAACAAAAUGCGCUGUCGGGUGUAGCAAGAACCACGCUCGUGGUGAUGGCCGUAUCAUUCUUCGUGGCAUCCAGAUGGUUGGCUCAUUUCGUCUACAAGAAUUUCCAGUACCAUGACUAUGACCAUGCCUUCCGCUAAGAUCUGAGAUUCAGUAUCUCCUUUUUGCUCUCCCUGAUCUCUGCGGAGAUUCUUUCUGUACAUAACCUGCACAUAUCCUCCUAUGUUUAAAGAUAAGAGACCUAAAGAGAUGGAAUUCGGAUACCCUAUAUGGGAAGAAAGUGAUUACGAAACUGGUGGGUGGUCAGUGUUCAUACGGCACGAUCCGUGGUGA